AUGUGCGAAGUAUCAGUGCAUUCGCUUCUCAGUAACAUCUUUCGAGGCUUCGGCGACCGCGGAUACCAGGCAGAUAAUCCCCACAAGAGGCGAUCUGAAGUACCACCCAUUUGCAUGCUAGCACUUGUGCCGCAAACCUGGUCCCGUCUCACCACAGCCCGCCCCGCCGUCAGAUCUUGUUAUCCAUCCACCAUCCAUAAGCACUUCCUCCGCGCCGCCCUAGGAAAUCGACAGCGUGAUCUCUACUCGCCGUCGUUCCACCUUUUCUUUCCUCCCUUUGCCUUUCGGCCCCCUCUUAUUUAUUCUUCUCCUCCUUUCCUCGAAGAAACACCGCAUUCCGUGCGGAUGGCGCACCUUUUGCAGCAUCACCAACGGCAUGACCCGCCCUUCGGUGUCAUCCCUGUCCCCCAUGGUCCGGUGACAGGAGAAGAGCACGAACAUUACCCUACCGAGCACACCGCCGAGCGCGAGCACCAGAUCUUCAGCUACCUCACCCACCCAGAUGAUUCCUACACUCCCGAGGGGACCUACUGGGCCGACCUCCCCCUCGCUAAGCGCAUCUCCUUCGUCAACAAGGUCCAAAAUGAGGAGGCUAUCAAGGAAGUCAAGACGGUCUGGCAGAUGAUCAAGGAAGAUCCCCUAAGCCCUUUCGGCUGGUACAUCCGCAACGCCGUGCUUCCUGGUGCCGGCCUGGGUCUCGAGGGGUAUGUCCUCUUCAGCAUCGGGAACCUGGAACCCCUCUUCAGCGCCACUUGGCCCCAGUGCUGGGGUAAGAACCCUACCGUGUGCAGUCCUAACUGGAUUGCCGCUGUAACCUACCUCGAAGUCAUUGGCAUCAUGGUUGGUCAAGUCGCCGUAGGCUUCAUUGGUGACUGGAUCGGUCGUCGUUGGGGUCUUAUCCAGGAUGCUGUCAUCAUGUUUGUCGGUCUACUCAUGCUCACAGCUAGCUGGGGCUUGACUCUUCAAGGAUGGGUUAUCUGCUAUGCCUGGUCUCUCUUCUUCUAUGGUUUCGGCGUUGGUGGCGAAUAUCCUAUCACUGCUACCUCAUCUAUGGAGAAUGCUGUCAGCGCUGGCAAGCUUUCUACCCGCGAGGACCGACUUCACCGUGGCCGAAAGGUCACCAUGGCUUUCCUCAUGCAGGGUUGGGGUCAACUCAUCAACCAGGGCCUCCUCAUGAUCUUGCUCCUCAUCUUCCAUCACGGUAGCGGUAACCCCCCUUACAGUUCCGUUGCCGUUCAGUGGACCUUCCGCGUCUCCUUUGCGCUGCCCGCCCUCGGUACCCUCUGGCUCGUGUACUACCGUACCUACAAGAUGCCCCACGCCAGCCGACAGCUCGAGAUUGCCAAGCGUAAGAGCAACGUUACCGGCUACGACGUCGCGUCCCUCAAGAUCGCCUGCCGCGAGUUCGGUGGCCGUCUCCUCGCCACCACCGGUACCUGGUUCUGCAACGACGUCUUCUUCUACGGCAACAAGCUCUUCCAGGGCCAGUUCAUCAAGGUCAUCUCCCCGGGCAGCAACAGCGUCAUGACGGGCUGGGUCUGGAACAUGAUCAACGUCAUCGUCUCUCUCGCCGGCUACUACUGCGCUUCGCUCUUGAUUGACAACAAGCUCUAUGGUCGCAAGAUGAUGCAGCAGGUCGGAUUCCUCAUGUGCUUCAUCAUGUUCGUCGUCCCCGCGUUCCACUACCACUACUACACCGAACCCAUGAACAUCCAUGCUUUCCAGGCCAUGUACUUCCUUAGCAGUUUCUUCAACCAGUUCGGCCCCAACAGCGUCACCUUCCUCGUCGCUGGUGAGGUCUUCCCCACCCCGAUCCGCGCCACUGCUCACGGUUUGUCCGCCUGUAUCGGCAAGGCUGGCGCCCUCCUCGCCAGUGUCCUCUACAACUACAUCGAUACGCAGACCAAGUUCUACGUCGUCCCUUGGUUCGGUCUCGCCGGAAUGGUCCUCACAUUCUUCUUCCUUCCCGACACGACCGGUCUCGAUCUCAAGGAGCAGGAGCGCCGCUGGACCUUUAUCCGAGAUGGCCGGGCAUCCGAAUACCACGGUGUUGCCGUUCACCCCAGGCAUCUCAGCUGGUGGGAGCGCUUCCGAGGUGUCGGCAAGGCCUAUGAUCCUAAGCAGGAUAUGAAGGAUAAGAUUGAGGACAUCAGGCGCGAGUGGGAAGCUAAGGAGCAGGAGAAGAAGGACCAGGAGGUGAAUGGAAAUUCCAAUCCCCUUUCGGAUCUCGAUGAUGACAUCUUCUCCGACCACGUCCAUGGCUACUUCAAGGCCACUUCUGGAAACAAAGAUGACGAGAAGGAGAAGAACGCGACUACGUCGGGAAAUGGACUCUUUAAUGGCAAUGAGAAGACGGAGAAUCCCGCAACUUCUGGAAGCGGAAACAGUGAAGACGCGAGCAGUAACAACGAGUCUUGA